AUGGACUGGGACGUACUGACUAGGGGACAAAGGAUUUCCUUAGUUUUGUGUAUGGUCUGUUUUGAUGCUGAAGGCACGAAACACCUCAUGCAGUCGCAGGACAGACGUGAUUGGAAAGUUUGGGUUUCAGGCACCCUGCCACGGGCAAAUGCCAUUGUUGGGUUGGACAUGCUGGUGACUUCUGAACAUCCCUUGCAGCUCGAAGUAGAUGCAGGAUCGUAUGUGGUGCCAGUUCCAACAUGUGACCGUGAGGCUCUGCACCAGGUUGUUGACCUCUGUUCCGGCCUUGGGGGUUUCUCUGUCAAUGCGGGUCGUCUUGGAUUUACUGUCAGGGCUGGGGUUGACCAUAAUGGACUUUGGAAGAACCUCUUCAAGGCUUCACACCCUGGUGCCACCUUUUGCUGUGGGGACUUGAUGGACUCUGGCGUUCUUCGGCAGUUGUUGGAUUUGGGGGUCUUUCAUGGGGUGAUUUGUUCAGGCAUAGCAUGCCAGCCGCAUUCGAAGUCCUUGCAUGUUUCCUGGCUACUUCAGUCAGCUGUGGUGAUCCUUGAAUGCACUCCUGAGAUUCUUCGUGACCCCCAAGCCCAAGAAAUCCUUAGGAAGUUCUGUGUUUCAACAGGAUACCGGCUGACUCAAGCCAUCCUGAAGCUUGGCAAUGCAUGGUGCGGCAGACGUGACCGUUGGAUUGCAGUUUUGACAGCACCGGUGAUUCCACCUUGUGACCUCCAGGAUCUUCCUACGGGCACUCCGAUUCAGGUUGUCAAAGACCUCAUCCCUGAAUUUCUGCCAUGGCAUGAGUUUGAUCAGAAACAGCUGACACUGAACUUGUAUGAGUUGGCAAAGUACUAUCAGUAUGCGGCAGGUGGGGUUGACUCAGCCUUCAUCAAAACCCAUGAGAAGUUGCCGACCUUACUUCACAGUGCAGGUAAUCAACUGUACACAUGUGCCUGUGGGUGCCGUGCUGCCCUUUCCGAAACCAGACUCCGCCAGAGGGGACUGAUUGGUGUUCUCAUCCCACUGGGUCCAUGUCAGACUCAUAUGAAUAUGGUCAUGCAGCAUGCUAGGUACCUUCACCCGGUUGAAAUGUGGGUACUCAUGGGAGGCCACCCUGACUUUCCAAUGGGUCACAACCUCCGUCUGGCCAUGGCAGGUGUUGGACAAGCAGUGGCACCACUGAUGGGGCUCUGGAUUUUCGCCCAUGUCAAGCAGUGCAUUGACAGAACCUUGGAUUUGCCGGCAUGUGCUCCGAAAGAAGUGCUUCAAGUGUACAUGGAUGAAAUCACACAAGCCUGUCGCAUCAAGUGGCCUCCUGCCACAGCACCUACCAUGGUGGAAGCAUCUGGGGAAGAUCCAAUUGAGGAGUGCAUCCCGGGGGUUGUUACCAUUUCCCGGCCAGGUACCAAUGAGCCUGAUGUACAGGUGAAGCUCCAACCCGAUGCCACGGGAGCAAAGCUUCUGGCAGCUGAGGUGCAGUUGGGGACGGCACAAGUUGAUUUUCAAAUCCGUGUGGAUGGUGAACCUGUUGACCCAGCACAACCCCUUGAGCAUCCGGCCUUGAUUUCACUUGUGCCAGCAGGCUGGGAUCCCAAUCAGGUGUAUGCCAAUCAUCCUGUGCCAUGUUGCCUGAAUAUCGACAGUUUCUUGAAACUUGUCCGUGCAUCCGAUGCAUCCGACCCAGGUCAUAUCACUGACCUUGCCAGGCUUUAUGUGGUGAGACAUCCUGACAUGCCUCAGGUCGAACGUGAUGGAAUUCUCAUGCAACAGGGUCCGGUAUGGGGUGAUGAAAUUUGGCUUGGACUUCUUCAGAUCGCUGACAACACAGAUGCGGAUCAACAUGUUUGUGUUUGGGACCCUUUGCUGAUCACAGGUUUGAUUCAACAGGAUGUUCCUGCCACAUGGUCGCAACUCAUUGGACAAUUGAGGCCCAUUCAGACAGUGAUUUCUGCAGUUUUGUUGGGGGGCCACUGGAUUCCAUUGGUUUGGCGCAUGGAUACUGUAGGGGCCACGUUGCAUACUCUUGCAGUUACUCCUGACUAUGAGCCCACUUUGGAAUUUUUGAGCCGGGUCAUUGAUUUCUACCGUGGUGGCGCUUGUGGAAUUUGGAAAGCCCACGGGCCCGGUUUUGUCCCAGGGGGUCACUGUGGUGCCUUGGUUCUUGUUUUUGUGCGUCACUUGCUGUGGGGUUGGCCUUUGGUUUCGAGUCCAGAAGCCUUGCAAACCUGUGCAGAUGAAUUGAGGGCUACUUUUCGUGCCAAACUUGAGCCUCUGUGUGUUCGUCCUAUGCUUGCUGGCUUGGGAGUUUCCGUGACUUCUCGCUUGGCUGAGAUGCUGGUGCUUCAUGGAGUGUCAUCUCAUGACUGUCAGGCAAGAGCUCAGGCGGCAGUGAAAGCUUUGGGUGAGGAUGGACUGGGCAGGGCUCUGGAUUCCGACAAUCCCUGGCGUGAGCUCAAAUGGCUUGGCAAUCAGUCAAGGCCUCCAUUCAUGUUCAUCAAGCCGUCUGAGUUGCAAGCACAGAUUGAUCUGAGAGCCAAAGAACAGCCAGUUGGACACAAGAAACAUAAGGUUGCCAAAAAGUCCAAAGGGAAGGGAAAGGGAUCUCCACAGCAGAUCAGUCUUGACCCUGCUUCACUGAGGCUUGAGACAGGUAUCUUCCAAAGCGCUGAUGGCAUGCCACUUGCACAACUUGGACUUUCCCAGGUAGGUCCUGCCGUUGCUGGUGUCGUUGUGGUUGCUGCUGCAUCUAUUGACCCCUACUUGAAGGCUGCCCAUCCAUUGUCUACUGGUCCGUUGGCACUGUUUGUGGUUGAUUCCCCUAGUGUUCCAGCUACGGCCUUUCCUGUUUCUCCUGAGAGGGUUCCUUUGGUGUGUGCACACAACUCUGAACCGGCCUUGAUUGAUGGUUUUCUCAUUCAGAUCGGUGCGUUUCCGGUUCGAAGAGCGCCAAUGCAGCCAGGAUGUGAGGUCCCACCUUUGCAGAAAUGUUUGGAUUCUGAAUGUGCCGGCUGUGAGUGUUGGCAUCGCUCUUUGGACUUCCCUAUGGACUCUCCGGUGCUUGAACUUUGGGGCAAACAGUGGCUUCGUUUGGAUUUUCGCCAGGCUCAUCCAGAGCAAGCAGACCUCUUUACUGCACACCUGAGGCUGCCUGAAUGCAUGCAAACGCAGGUGGUGCAGUUUUUCUCGGGCCAUGAAGGUGUAUACCUGGAACCAAAGUCGUUGGACGGAAGACAGCCAUCCACUGAUUUCCAGGUGAUCUGGCUGCCCAAGACGGAUGAAGCUCAACUGGUCGGUAUGGCUCGCAUUGGUCACAAAAUGGGCCUUCGGUGCAGAACAGAACAUGCUGCCGAUGUCUUCCAAACCUUGAGGCCAGGUCAUACUUUCCUUCCACCAGGUAAGCGACAGACAUACUUGGUUGGCCCAUUUGCAUACGGUACCUUGCAGACUUCAGUUGCUCAGGUCCUGCAUUCCAAUGGUUGGACGGCAAAACCGAUUCAAGCUGUUGCUGCCAAGACACAUGUUCAAGGGCUGAUGUUCCGUGUCCAAUCGGUCCAGGAGCCUCCCAAGAAGGUCAUUCGGAUGGCACAUGGUGAUGUGGUGAUUUCCAAAGAGUUGGACAACCCUCAGCCUGAGCAAAUCCACCCGAAGGUUGUUGCGACACCAGCCACUGAAUCAAUGAUCUCGAAGCCUGUGGAAGGCGACUACAUCCAGCAGAAUGACCCUUGGGCCAAAGCGGCCAGCCAACUGCCAGCCAAGACAGCCACGUUUCAGAUUGGCAAUCCCCUGGAGGACAUGACUCAGAAGGUCCUUACAGAGGUUCUUGCUCAGUUGCCAAGGAGCUCAAUGGAGGUGGACGUUGAUGAGGAGCAGGACAAGCGAGUUCAGGCUCUGGAACAACAACUGCAUGACCUGAAAGAUCAGACAAAUGCGAUUGCUGCAGCAACUCAGCAACAAGCUCAGGAUACUGCGACCCAGAUGCAGGACUUGAGGGGCCAGAUCCAUCAGCAAGGCGUUCACUUUGAAAGUGCCAUUGCAGCUCAGGCUUCGUCACUGCAGGGUUUCCAGGACACUUUCCAGGAACAGUUUCGCCAACAGGUAGUUCACCAACAAACGAUGCUGGAUUCCAUGUUCAGUAAGCAGAUGACCCAAUUUGAGACUCUCCUGACAAAGCGGCCCAGGCAGGAGUGGUUGGUUGGCCUCGUUGGACUUUACAGGCCCUUGGCCAUUUGGAAUCCCGGCCACUUUUCCUUCUCUGAGUUUGCGUUGGUUGGUGCGUGGAUAGGUCUGGGCGAGACCGUGGUCUUGAAACGCAAUGUUGGUCUCUGCGUUGCUGGGCUGUCCGAGUACUAUGGCCCUGAGACCUCCGAAAAUGCUCAGUGGACUUUGGGUAUUGCGAAUCCCUCUGGCCUUAAUGGGAAACUUGACCAGGUAAAUCACAUGCCGGGUGAUGCUUGGAUUUUGACAGAGACCCAACUGUCUCAGCGGGGAAUCUCUAUGUUUGCCAAAGGCCUUAAGAUGCUCAAGAGUCCGUGGAAGUAUGCAGUAGCUGGUGCCCCAUGCCCAUCCAGAAGUGGCAACGACACUGGUGCUCAUUCAGGGGUUUUGUUCCUUUCCAAGUUCCCAGCAAGGGCACUUCCUCACAGUAUGGAUGAGUCCGUGUACUCCACAGCACGGCUGCAGGUGGUUGGAAUGGCGGUGGCUGACGCAUGGGUCACAGUUGGGCUCCUCUAUGGACUUCCUUGUAAUGCCUCCCAUAAGCAAGCAAGGUUCCAAACCGAUGUUCUUCUCUCUGAACUGAUUGACAGAGUUUGCUGUCAGACGGUAGGGCCUCGGGCCAUUGGAGGUGACUUCAACUAUGGACCGGAUGAGUUGGAACAACUGGACCGACUGAGGGCCCUAGGCUUUCGUGAAGUGCAAGAUCUACGAGCCUGGAGACAUGGCAUCUCCGCGGAACCAACUGGGCGAGGAACAAAGAGGAUCGACCAACUUUGGCUGUCUCCGGAACUUCAGCGAGCGUAUGUUUCCACUCAGGUUCUGUUUGACCUUUGGCCUGACCAUGCAGGAGUCACAGCUACUUUUGCCUCAGCCGAGCUUUCAACGGAGGUUUCCUCCUGGCCUCGGCCUAUGCAGUUUCCUUGGCCUCAGGAAUGGAAUUGCCCAGUUCAGGUUGACAUUAGUGGUGACCUUACGGUUGAGUAUGCCAAGUUUUGGACUCAAGUUGAAUCCUUUGCAACUUGUUGGAACCGCAAUCACGGUCAGCCGGUUGUCAAGAACCAUUUGGGCCGUGCAACAGUUUUGGCUCCCCGCCGGGUCAGGCAAAUGUUGAGUCCUGUUAAGAAAGGCCGUAAAAGUGAUGCUCAACCCACUUUUCAUGGAAUCAGCCUUCAACAUGCACGGUUUUUCAGACAGCUACGGCGGCUCCAAUCCUUGCUCCGGCUUGUUACCAAAGGGGUGGUUACCAUCAAUGCUCAGCUGAACAGGGACGAAACCUGGAAGGCCAUUCGGUGUGCUGCGGGGUUCCCAGGUGGUUUUGGAAUUUGGUGGGGUGUUAAUGGACUUGAACCGCAUGUUCCUUCUCCUCUGCCUCAGUUAUGCCCUCCAGUGGACUUUAUCCAGGGCCUCUUUGAUGGAUUUCAGAAAUUUGUUCAUCAAUAUGAGCGCCAACUGGCCAGUUCCAGAUACCAAUUUGCCUUGAAGCGUCGUGCUGAAAACAUGGCCUAUGUGUUUCAGGUUUUAGAUGUGGUUGCACACUCUGAAGAUCAAGUGUGGACGUCCUCAGUCACAGGGGUGAAAGUAGGCCAGUGGCUUACGCAAGAACGAGCGGUAGCCUCUGAUGCUGCCAUCCUUGCCCGCUUUGAAGCUGAGUGGCGUGCUCGGUGGAUCAAACUGCAUCAUGUUGUUCCUGGCCAGUGGGAACAAAUUUGUGGAUUUCUGGAACAGACCAUCCGACCCCUCAAUUGGUCUUUUGCACCGUGGACUGUUUCCCGCUUCAAAGCCGCUGUGCGCUCCAAGAAACCCCGGGCUGCAAGGGGUCCUGAUGGUGUAUCUCAGAUGGACUUGGCCACACUCCCGGAUGAUGCAUGUGGUGCUUUGAUCAAAUUUUACACUGCAGUGGAAGAAGGGUCUGACUGGCCACUUCAACUUGCCUGUGGUUUUGUUUCCAGUUUGGCAAAGCACCCGCAGGCACAGCGGGUUGAUGAGUUCCGUCCUGUGGUUGUCUACAGCCUCCCCUACAGAGUUUGGUCCUCUGAAAGAGCCAAAGAAGCCAUGUCCUGCAUUGCUGAUCUCCUUCCAAACAGUGUGCAGGGCGGGGUCCCGACCAGACAGGCCAAGUCGAUUUGGUUUGAACUUGCUGCCAUGCUGGAAUUGUCUUACCUUAAUGGUGAUGGCUUGCAUGGGCUCCUUAUGGACAUCCAAAAGUGCUUCAACAACAUCCCGCGGUUCCCACUGUGGUUUGCCUUGUCGAUGAUGGACUUUCCUCCUGCCAUACUGCGUGCUUGGGUUUCCUUUGUCUCUGGUCAGGUUCGUCGCUUCCGUGUGCGUCAGUCCGUUGGGGAACCCAUUGCCUCUACCUGUGGGCUUCCUGAAGGAUGUGCUCUGUCGGUUUUUGGUAUGACCAUUAUCGAUUGGAUGCUUGACUGGUGGCUUCAGCGACUUGAAGUUUCAGUGGACUUGCGUACUUUUGUGGAUGAUUGGGGUGUGUUGUUUAGGGACGCUGAGGCCUUGCCAAGAAUCUGGGCUUCCCUUGAGGCCUUCACGGGGCAGUUGGAUUUGCCUAUUGACUUGAGCAAAACCAGAGUUUGGUCUACUGACUCCGACGCCCGUCGAAGUUUCCGCCAAGGAUCAGUCAAGGUCACACUAGCAGCCCGUAACCUGGGAGCUCACCAGAACUUCAGCCGCCACUGCCACAACUCGGUGCUGUUGGCUCGUCUCUCCAAAAUGGGCCCCAUUUGGAAGAGGCUGCGAGCGAGUCAUGGCCCGUAUAAGUCCAAAGUCGCCGCCAUCCACAUGAUGGCUUGGCCACGUGCCCUCCAUGGAAUAGCAGUUGUGCACUUGGGGGAAUGUCAGUAUAAGCCGCUUCGGGCUGGUGCAGUCAGAGCACUCAAAGCUGACAGAAAAGGGGCAAACCCUUACCUGCACUUAGCAUCUACAGCGAUGCACUCUGAUCCAGAGGCCUGGUCGAUCAUCCAGUCGUUGCGUGAUGUCCGGGAACUUACCAACCGUGAAACUGCUGAGCCACUGCUUGGACUUUUUGCAUGCUCACCCGAGCGCCUUCCAGCCAAUGGUCCUACUGCGAUUUUGGUCUCUCGACUUCUGCGUUUGGGCUGGGCCGUUGGCAGUCAUGGCAUGGUUCAGGAUCGCCUUGGUUCUUUCAGUGUCUUUUCGGUGUCCUGGGACGAGUUGGUCCUUCGCCUCCGGCUCUCAUGGGGCCAUGUCUUGGCUACGGAGCUCGCUCAUCGGCCCACUUUCCAGGGUCUUGCCGCUGUUGACUUAUCCGAAUUGUAUCGCUCGUUGGCUGUUUUCAGUCCUGCUGACCAGGUUUUCCUCAGGUGUCACCUUGAUGGGACUUUGUUCACUCAGAAUGCCAGAGCAAAGUUCAAAGCUGAGGUCUCUGCUUCUUGUCCCUGGUGCUCUGCCAAGGUUCUGCCGUCUUUGCCUGCGUGCUUGGUUGACCAUGGGUGGCCUCUCCUCCUGCCUGAAUGGGAAGUUGUUGCUGGCAUGCUGUUGAGGGAUGAUGGAUUUUGUCGGAUGUCACCAGCAUGUCCACCUGACAAGGGCAUUUGUCCGUUGCUGGAGCUGUUUAGUGAUGGGACGGCUGCGUACCCGCGAGACGCAAAACUCCGUUUUGCUGCUUGGGCGGUUACAAUGGUUUCAGCUCAGGGAGUUCUGGACAAUCAAUUGUUGAUGGGUGGACAUGUUACAGGUUUGAUACAGUCUCCUUUCAGGGCAGAAUUGACAGCGGUUCUCCAGGCGGUGAAAUGGGCAGUUCAGAGACAACAGAAGAUCAGACUUUGGUGUGAUUGCCAGAGUGUGGUCGGUGGAGUGAACAGGUUGCUUCAUGGAAAACCAGUCCGGCGAAAUGCUCCUCACUCCGACCUUUGGGGUCAACUACGUGAGGUCCUGACUGGCUCAGAACACUUGGUCCAAAUCCGAAAGGUGGUUUCUCACUGUGCAGUCAAGAGUGCCCGUGACCCAGUGGAACAAUGGGCGUACUGGCAUAACAGUUUGACUGAUGCAGCUGCUGAACAGAUCAAUUUUCGAAGGGAUGAAUUUUUCUGGCGAGCGUGGGAGGGUUUGCGCAGUGCACUUGAAUUUCACCGGCCGUUGCACAGCGCAAUCCAAAAGGUACUUAGUACUGCAGACAUCGAAGAUGGCAGCGGCAGAACAGAAGUCGACGGCGUCUGCCGCCACACCGGCGCCUGUGGAAGUUGGGAUUCCCACGAUGCCAUCAACAUGGGUCAUUCCAACGGCUUUGACAAAGCGGUAUGGAGAAAGAAACAUGCAGUUACUUCAUGCGUGGUGGACUGA